GACACAGGACACGUUUCUACUCACAACUCGCAUCUUUUCAGAUUUUUCUACAUAGCUCACCUCAUCCACUUUAACAUGUCCACCGGUUCCAUCAGCGAUGUGGAUGAAUUUCACGAGUCUGAGCUGCUGGAUGGUCUUUUGAAAUUCGGUUCCGGUAAAGACCCGGGGACAUCAAACGAGAGCACAGGGGACAGCUCCAACUGCGAAGGGACUUCGGUUACAGAAUUUACAGCAACCGCGGGAAAGCGGCGCAAAUCGGCAGCCAUGCGUAAAUCGGCACCUAACGGUGUGUGCCAAGAAGGCAAGCCGGGACAGAGGAACGCGGCGAACGCGCGCGAGAGGGCGAGGAUGCGAGUGUUGAGCAAAGCUUUCUCCCGGUUGAAGACAACUUUACCGUGGGUUCCACCGGACACCAAACUCUCCAAGCUGGACACGCUGCGCCUGGCCUCCAGUUACAUCGCUCACCUGCGACAGAUACUUGCCAAUGACAAAUACGAGAAUGGCUACAUCCAUCCUGUCAACUUGACUUGGCCAUUUAUGGUGGCGGGGAAACCAGAAAACGAGCUUAAAGAAAUGCUUACUUCUACACGUUUAUGUGGGACUACAGCUUCCUGAGGAACAAAUUGGACUUCAAACAUGGACCUACUUUACGUAUUUUUAUCAAAACUUAAUAGCCACAUCAUCUCCUAUCUAAACACACGAGUGGGAAUAACUGGGGACCAAAUCCUCACUCGCAUUCCUGUAAAGAGAAAUUGCUAUCUAUUUAAUAUUCACACCAAUGCCUUGCUGGUUCAAGGCAAUACAGUGUGGUUUUUAUACAGUUGUUUUUUGUAUAAAUGCUGUCAUCACGUUUUUUUUUAGAAAACUUAAUAAAACAAAAAGAUUUAUAAAAGUAAAAUAGCUUUGCUUAGUAUCAAGAUCAUCACGCCUUUGCUCUCGGCAGCUGAUGGCAAAAAGAUGACUGUAAAUAAAAAUGGCUGAUGUUUUAUAGUGA